AGGCCUGAAAAAGAAUGUAUUGGUUUGUAUUGAUGAAGAUGCGUAUGUGCCCAACAUAAAGAUGGUUUCCGUGGCUACUGCCAUCACGUGUCCCUGGAUCGUACGCAAAGCGUCUACGUCAGGCAGCUGUUGGGAAGGGCGGAAGCCAUAGGAGUAGUGGGUACAGGCCUGUUCUCUUAUCCCGCUGUGUGUGCGUGUUCCGGCCAUGGCUGCCUCCUCGGUUUCCGAUCUGUUUUCGGGGCCGGAGUUACUGGAAGACCCGGCUCACGCCUCUGCACUGUUGGCUCAGCUGAAAUCAUUUUACGACGCUCGAUUGUUGUGCGAUGUGACUAUACGAGUGUUGGGGGGCAGAGGCCCCGAUGAGCUUGUUGCAGGAGGAGGAGAAGCGGAGAGCGGCCGGAGCUUUAGCUGCAACCGGAACAUUCUGUCUGCGGCCUGCCCUUACUUCAAAAGUAUGUUCACUGGAGGCUUGUACGAGAGCAAGCAGCAGCAGGUCACUCUGCACGACAUGGACCCGGAGUCUAUGGCUCUGAUCAUUGAUUAUUGUUACACGGGCAGGGUGACUGUGACCGAAGCCAACGUGCAGCGUCUGUAUGCCGCCGCCGAUAUGCUGCAGCUGGAGUACGUGCGACAGGCCUGUGCUGGUUACUUAGCCCGGCGCCUGGAUGUGCACAACUGCGCCAGUAUACUUCGCUUUGCCGAUGCCUUUGACCACCCCGAGCUGAGAUCCCGCUCCCUGGCCUUCAUGGCUCGUCACUUUGAGCAGCUGUCAUUCGGGGAUGAGCUGUGUGAGCUGAGUCUGGCCCAGCUGAAGGAGGUACUGACUAUGGACAAUCUGGAUGUGACCAGUGAGAGGCUUGUGUGUAGCGCAGCCCUGCGUUGGCUUGAGGCAGGCCCAAAGGAAAGGGCAGCAAUGAGCCAGGAGAUAUUGCGCUGUGUGCGCUGGCAGCACUUUACAGACAAGGACCGGGUGUAUCUGGAGGGGCUCAGGGCUAAAUCAUUUGUGCGCAAACACUGCCAUCAGUAUUUGGAUGCUGUCCUGCAGGAUAAAGAUGGCAAAGCCCCUCCUGUUGGAUUGCCGUGCCAGGAAGGAAGCCCACUCAGAAGGAUCGGGAUGCUCGCCAAGGAGAUGGUUAUAUUCUUUGGCCAUCGCAAGGAGCCUUUUUUAUGUUAUGACCCCUACUCAGGUGAUAUAUACACCAUGCCAUCUCCGCUGACCAACUUGGCGCUUGGCAAAGCCAUGACGUCCUCUGCUGUUUGUGUGUCGCCUGAAAACGACUUGUACCUGGCCACCCAACCAAUGAAGCAGCUGUGGGUGUAUAGCCCCAUUCAGAACAACUGGCAGCUGCUGGCCGAAAGGCUCAUCUGCAGAGAAGGCAUGGACGUGGCCUACCUUAAUGGCUAUGUUUAUAUUGUCGGAGGCCGUGAGCCAUCCACGGGUGCCAAGAUUAAGGAGGUCGAGUGCUACAGCGUGCAGAGGAACCAGUGGUCUCUAGUGGCCCCUCUGCCACAUUCAUUUUAUUCAUUUGAGCUUGUGACUGUCAACGACUACUUGUAUGCGGUCAGUAACAAAAGGAUGCUAUGCUAUGACCCUGCCUGCAACCAAUGGCUUAACUGUGCCUCUCUAAAGCGCUGCGACUUCCAGGAAGCGUGUGUCUUUAAUGAUGAAAUAUACUGCAUUUGUGACAUCCCAGUGGUGAAGGUGUACAAUCCCGCCAGAGGGGAGUGGAGGCGAAUAUGUGAAAUCCCAGCUGAGGGCAAUACAAAUAACUAUCAAAUCGUACGGCAUGGUUCCAAACUCCUCCUAAUCACAUGCACCACGGUGCAGUGGAAGAAGAACCGCGUAACUGUGCAUGAGUACGAUGUGACUAACGAUCGCUGGAUAAAUAUUGGCACAAUGCUGGGCCUUCUGCAUUAUGACUGUAGCUUCAUAUGCCUCUCCGCUCGGGUAUAUCCAUCCUGCUUGGAGCCAGGGCAGAGUUACAUAACGGAGGAGGAGGAUGUGCGCAGUGAGUCUAGCACUGACUGGAUGGAUGGCUUUAGUGAGAUAGACUCGGAAUCUGACAGCCUUAGCUCCUUUUCAGAGGAUGAAUGGCCAAGAGUGGCAGUAGCACGACAUCGGAUAUACGUUGAGGGCGCCUUCUAAAGGCUCAUUUCUGUCUGCCACAAAACUUAUUUAUUAUAAGGUCUGUGAGCCAAAAUAUGAGAGUAAAAAACAUUCUGGGCCUCACAAUGAGGCAUGUGAUCUCAAGCAUAUUUUGCCAAAUCAGCAUCUUGUAUGUGAAGGAAAUGUUUAACUUAACACACGUCUCUGGGAAAGAAGGCUAGUUUCCUUUAUUCCUAUCUAGUGCUGAUAGAUCCUAGUGUGAGAGACAAUAGCAUUGCAUUGGUAAGUCCUGUGCAGCAAAGGAAGGCAGCAAAUUUGCUUUGAAGCAGCCAUUUCUGAAAAUCACUUUCUUACAACUUUAAUAGCGCACAUUUUCACAUUUUUAGUUUGUAUUUUAGCCAAUAAAAAUCACUCCUGUGAACACCAGCUGCCCCAAAAAAUAUAAAAAAAAAGAAAUCUCUUUUAUAGUGUGGCAUGUGUAUUGCAUUGUUAGGUAUUAUGCAUUACUUAUUUAUAGAAGGUAUUUUAUAUUCAGAAGUGUGGCUGCUGUUGCACAUACGCCAAGUCAGCACAUAGGUUCUUUUUGGCUCAGAGGGUUCUAAAAUCUGGACUCCAGCAUAUCCCUCAAUGUAUAUUAAGUUAAACGUAUUCCAUUGGCACUUAGGAGUCAAAAACUGACCAUUGCCAGUGCCACCCAUGAGCUAAAUAUAUGACACCUCAGAUGUUUUUGAGGGGAUGCUCAUAUGUGCCUUUGGGUGGACUUUUUGGUUUGCAAGCAGUCUGCUGGCUUUGGGAUCCAGUCUUGCAUUGCAGCAGGCAGUAGCUAUUUUAACUUUUGGGUUGCACACUAGAGCUGUGCUAUGCAGCCACUGGAAAAAAGAAAUUUGUUUUUAAUGACACCAGUAUCUUUUUAAUGUCUUUUAAGUGCAUCCUGCUGUGGUACCUUCAUUUUAUAGCAUGCCCCAGAAUAGGCUAAAAAACCGCUUGGCUCUCUAGUAUGUGGAGGUGCUUUUCGAGAGCCACAGAGAUUACAUAUUAGCUGACAGCCUGAUUAGCUGAGCAGAUCUUUAGUACAGCAGUCUCUAUCAACAAGAUACUUGUCACAUUUAAGUUAGGUAACAUUUCUAAGGCUGAGUUCCCAAGGGCACCAUUUCUACACUUCUUCAGUGCUGAAGAUUUCUAUAAUUUAAGUACUUUUUUGCCUGUUUCCACUUAACUUCAGCAAGAGUCAUUUCUAAACCCUUACUUGUCUCUUCUGUUUUCCUCUUGCCACUUAUAAUCCAAUUACUUUGUAAAAAGUUGGUCAUUUGAGACGACCGCUCUCAACAAGUUGAAACCUUUAUUCAUCAGAUUAUGGUUUUUCAGAGGUACAUGGGGAAAUGUUUUCAGAAUCAUUUUUUAACAUGGUGCACUGUGUCCCAAUUCUCAAAAUAUACAGGUUUUUUUUUUAAAGGUGAAAUUAACCGUGGAUAAUUUUUUUUUAUCUCUGUUCCUCAGUACAAAAAACAUUUAUUUUCCUUUUUGUAAAGAAGCACUCUUCUUGUUCAGACUGCUGGUUUGUGGCAGCUGAAUUAGAUGCCUAUAACUAGCGAUGUAAGCUCAGCAAUGCCACAGCAUUAAAAUGGGUGCCUGUUUUAUAGGCAAAACAUAAAGCCGUAAAAGACAGAAAAUGCAUUGGAAGCUGAAUGGAGGCUAAACUGUGCAUCUGUACAUGCCCUACAGUGUUAAGAAAACACACACUAUGUGGUUUGGUUUGUUAACCUCAAUUUAUGUGCAAAUGUUUUUGCUAAAAAAAAAUCACCUUCCCUUCGGUUUUUUCCCCCAAUAUAGAGCUUCUAAUUGUGGUUUUUGAAAAAUAAGUUGUUGAAGAGAGUGGUAAACGUGGAUCAUUCAAUGCAAGCUUGGUUUAUAUUGGAAUAUUUUGUUCUAAUAAAUCAUUUUCCUUCA